AUGGACGCUCGCAAACCGUUAAUUGUUGUUGAUAGUAAUGUUGAAGAAAGCAAUGAAGCUGCUUUAACUCAAAUUAAAAAACAAUCUCCAAAUGAACAAGCUAUCACAUCACCUAUGGAGGGAAAAAAAAUGAAAUAA